UGGAUGGAGCAGGAGGGGCCGGAGUACUGGGAGCGGCAGACGCAGAUCCUCAAGGCACAGGCACAGACUGACCGUGUGAGCCUGCGGACCGCUCUCGGUUACUACAACCAGAGCGAGGACGGUUCUCACACCUUCCAGACGAUGUAUGGAUGCGAUGUGGAUUCCCACGGGCGCCUCCUCGGCGGGUACAGUCAGUUCGCCUACGACGGCAAAGAUUACAUCGCCCUGAACGACGACC